GGGGCCUAUAAAUCCUCUCCACUACCCAAAACUGACACCAGAAGACCGGGGCCCCAGGUCACUACACUCGCGGACUCGCCCCCUCUCCAAUUGCUAGAUCUCCAGCCGCCCCAGGAGUUCCGACGCCUCUCCAAUGGCGGUCAAGGUCUAUGUCGUGUACUACUCUAUGUAUGGACAUGUUGCUAAAUUAGCUGAAGAGAUCCAGAAAGGUGUCUCAUCAGUUGAAGGUGUUGAGGCUAAAAUAUGGCAGGUCCCUGAAACUCUCACUGAGGAAGUACUUGGAAAGAUGGGGGCACCUCCGAAGCCUGAUGUGCCAAUCAUCACGCCACAAGAACUCGCAGAAGCAGAUGGGAUCCUCUUUGGCUUUCCUACAAGGUUUGGCAUGAUGGCUGCACAAAUGAAGGCAUUCUUUGAUGCAACCGGUGGCCUCUGGAGGGAGCAGAGCCUUGCAGGCAAACCCGCAGGCAUCUUCUUCAGUACCGGAACUCAGGGUGGCGGCCAGGAGACUACAGCGUUGACGACAGUAACCCAGUUGACUCACCAUGGCAUGGUGUUCGUGCCAGUCGGGUACACCUUUGGUGCCAAGCUGUUCGACAUGGACAAAGUUCAGGGUGGCAGCCCAUAUGGCGCAGGCACAUUCGCCUCUGAUGGUUCAAGGUGGCCAUCUGAGAUGGAACUGGAGCACGCCUUUCACCAGGGCAAGUACUUUGCCGGCAUCGCGAAGAAACUCAAGGGCACAGCUUAACCUUGUUGACGCAUUUGGCCUCUGCCGUCCGCACAUAUCGUAAAAAAUAUAUUAAAAAUACAACUUCACCAUAUCGGCAAUAGCUUGGUCUGUUCUAUUGUGGUGUUUAGAAAUUGGUGUAUGGCUUUGUGGAACUUAUAUGUUGCAGCCUGCGUCAUAUGUAUGCUUAAUUGAUUGUAAUUUGGGAUUGGAUUGUGUUUUGCAUUAUAUAUAUUGAUGAAAAGGUUAUUUUGGCUGUUA